AUGCCAAAUCUCAAAAAGUGUACCUUUUGCGCAGAUAAACUUGUGUUUCUUGGUUGUAUUGUUACUACUAAAGGGAUUGAGGUUGAUGAGGAAAAGGUGAAAGCCAUCAAGGAAUGGCCGACACCUAAGGGAGUUAGGGAUGUGAGGAGUUUCCAUGGUUUCACUAGUUUCUACAGGAGAUUUGUUAAGAAUUUGAGUACACUAGCUGCCCCUCUCACUAAAGUUAUCAAACAAAGUGUUAGGUUUAAGUGGGGUGAUAAGCAUGAAAAUGCUUUUCAUUUUAUUAAGGAUAAGUUGUCUUCUGCACCUGUUCUUGCUUUACCUAACUUUACAAAAACUUUUGAGAUUGAAUGUGAUGCUUCAGGAAUAGGUGAAGAUUCAAGGAUGAAUCCUUUUGAGGAGGAAGAGAAUGAUGCAAAUCACAUUACCAAGCUUUAA